UAUCGAUAAAUGAGUUAUAUUCAUCAAUAUCGAUACUUUAUUGAAAUUACUGUGAUAUUUGACGUUUGUUUUCCAUUAAAUUUUUGGCGAAAAGUCGGGUUAUAUAAAAAGGACUCGGAAAUAAAAAACAAUGCUUCGCUCCGUAGCUUCAUUGGUAAACAAAACACCCAAAGUGCUGGUCCGCACUUCUGGAUCCCCGAGUGUUUUAUAUGGAGCUUUUGGGCCAGCACUGAAUACAUUGGCCUUGCGGCAGCAACAAACCAUGCCGGUGGCAGAUCCAAAUAACCCACUUCCAAAGAGAAGUCCCUCACCGUUUGGCAAAAACCAGCCCAACAUGGUGGAAUGGUCAAUUGCGCGUUUAGAUGAUCUUUUGAAUUGGGGUCGUAAAGGUUCCAUAUGGCCCCUGACUUUCGGAUUGGCUUGUUGUGCUGUGGAAAUGAUGCACAUAGCUGCACCGCGAUAUGACAUGGAUCGUUACGGUGUUGUGUUUCGGGCAUCCCCUCGUCAGGCAGAUGUUAUAAUCGUUGCUGGCACACUUACUAAUAAAAUGGCCCCCGCUCUCCGUAAGGUAUAUGACCAGAUGCCUGAGCCGCGUUGGGUUAUUUCCAUGGGCAGCUGUGCCAACGGUGGUGGAUAUUAUCAUUAUUCAUAUUCCGUGGUUCGCGGAUGUGACCGUAUUAUACCAGUUGAUAUUUAUGUACCGGGAUGUCCACCAACGGCCGAAGCGCUUAUGUACGGUGUACUACAGCUGCAGAAAAAAGUUAAGCGAAUGAAGACAUUGCAAAUGUGGUACAGGAAAUAAAUUGGAACGGCCUAGUACAAUUAGUUUAAAUUACGGAAGUUGCAGAUGUAACCACUCUAAUGUUGCCGUUAGACAUGGAAGCAUAAUACUUUGCACUCUUUCGCAAUUAAAAAAAAAAUGAACACGGUAGAUCACCCAAAAGUGGUUAAAAGACGUUUGCGGAUAAUUUCGAAAAGAAACGUGUAUAUUUAUUAAGUGUGAUAAUCAAAUAUUGUUAAAAAUAUGAAGAAUACGUUUAAUAAAUUUCUUCUGCACUCAAUU